UAAAACAGGUCUGUUCAAGCGCUAUAUAAGGAAGAGCCCGUCCCCAUUAGCUUCUACUGAAGACAGCCACAAUGAAGUUCGUGAUCUUGGCUUUGUUUGUUGCCGGUGCCUAUGGGUGUGGCCUGCCCACUUACCCUCCCACCAUCACCAGGGUGGUCGGUGGAGAAGAUGUCCGCGAGAACAGCUGGCCCUGGCAGGUGUCUCUGCAGUACAAGAGCGGCAGCAACUUCUACCACACUUGUGGUGGCACCCUGAUCUCCAACCAGUGGGUCCUCACUGCUGCUCACUGCAUCGGCAGUCGCACCUACAGAGUCCUCCUGGGAAAACACAAUCUGAAGGUCAACAAUGAGCCUGGUUCCAUCGCCAUCAGCCCUGCCAAGAUUGUUGUCCAUGAGAACUGGGACUCCUACAGAAUCCGUAACGACAUCGCCCUGAUCAAGCUCUCAACUCCUGUCAUGUUGACUGACACCAUCAUGCCUGCCUGUCUUCCCACCUCUGGCGACAUCCUGCCUAAUGGCGCUCCCUGCUACGUUACCGGUUGGGGUCGUCUCUGGACUGGAGGUCCCAUUGCCGACAUCCUGCAGCAGGCCCUCCUCCCUGUGGUUGGCCACUCCACCUGCACCAGGUCUGACUGGUGGGGCAGCCUGGUGACCAACAACAUGGUCUGUGCUGGAGGAGACGGAGAGCUGGCUAGCUGCAACGGAGACUCUGGUGGUCCCCUGAACUGUCAGAACUCUGAUGGCUCCUGGGACGUUCAUGGUGUGGUGAGCUUCGGCUCUAGCAUGGGCUGCAACUACCCCAAGAAGCCCUCCGUCUUCACUAGAGUCAGCGCCUACAUCCCCUGGAUCAACAACGUGAUGACCAGGAACUAAGAUGGUGGUUAGUGGCAUUGUUGAUGGCUGUACUUCAUUAAAUAAAGAAUGUAGUGGCUAAA